AUGAAUAAUACUGAAAAAAUUAAUUUACUUACAAAUGAACUUGAAUUAAUGCGUGAACGUUAUUUAAAAUUCGUUGAUGUACAUGGACAAUUACAAAUGCAAAAUAGUUUAUUAGAAGAACGAGUUUUAUCAAUUGUUGAAACAUAUUCAAAUGAAAAAAAUCAUUUAGAACAAUCAUUAUUUGAUGCUAAACAAGAAAUUUUAUGUUUAAAAGAAACAAUUGAGGAAUUACAAAAUGAAAAACAACGAUAUAAAGAUGAUUGUAAUUUAGCUGUUAGACUUUUACAUCGAUAUCCAAAUGAUUUUAUGUCAACAACAUCAGGACAAAUGCAAGAACAAAUAAAAAAUAGAUUUGAAUCGACAUCUGCAAACCAAUAUAUUCCAUCACAACAUAGUGUUUUAAUACCGACUUUUCCACCAACAUUUGUUGCACCACAUUCAUUACUUACUACAACAACUAUUACUCCAUCCAACAAUACACAAACUAUGUCAACGAUUGCAACAACUAAUGAUAGUCUUCGACUUGCUGCUGAAACACUCUUUAAAUCGAAUAGUGUUCUUCGUUCUCCUUUGACUCAAUUUAUUUGUUCAGAUUGUCAUCGAACAGUUAAACGUUGUGAUGUUAGUGUUCAAACAUCUCUUGAUAAUAAUACUAAUGAUAAUGCAACAUCUCGAUUACGUCUUGUAUCACUUACUUCAUCUGAUGAUGUACAAUGUGUUAACUAUGUUUUUCUUUUAUUUAUUCAAUGGGAAAUACAUGAUUCAUCAUGUCGAUGGCGUGGAUAUUUUGGUUAUAUGGCAGUUGCAGCUGUUCUGUAUUCUUAUUUAGCCCAAGCUACAUCACGAUUUUUUAUUUCGAUUCUUUCAGCUAAAUAUUCAUGGAUCGUUUCAUUUAAAACUCAUAUUAUUCUUAUUUGUAUUCAAUGGAUUAUAGUUUUAUUAAUACCUUUACCAGCACUUCUUACUAACCAUAUUUAUUAUCGUCCAUUUGCUCUUUGUUGGGUACCGAGAAAAUUUACUUUGCAUGUAAUAUAUACUGUUGUUGCUUAUUAUUUAAUUCCAGCAAUAUUAAUAUUUGCUAUACAUAUUUAUAUUUAUGUUUGUAUUAAACAUCCUAAAUAUAGAGUAUUUAUGAUGACAACAACAAGACAAUCAAAUCGUGAUCUUGAAGUUUUACGUAAUAUUAUGAUUUUAUUUGCUAUAUAUACAUUAGGUGCUAUACCAACGAUACUUUAUAUAUUAACUAAUAUUCAUAUUUUAUAUGGAAUUGGUAUUGUUACAGUAUCGUUGACAGUAGCAAUUGAAAAAAUUGCUACACUUAUACUCGAUCGUGAUAUAAGAAAUAUUAUCAAACUUUAUUUUCAUCGGUCAAUGACACAAAUUAGACCGAUUUCUUAA